UCUAUGAAAGAGCCAUGCACAGAUGAUCUAUCCACCAUUGCCAAAGCUACUGUCUGGACGUUGAUUCCUGUAGACUAUGCAAGUAUUAUAUUAAGCAAGUAUUUCUCUGAGGAAAUUCUUCACAAAAAUAUUGUGGAUAAUAUCAUAUCGCCUGGUUGUUAUCGUUCGCUUUCUCUGUUCGACAGUUGUAUUUCCUAUCAGUGUAUUGCAGUUGUUACAAAGGGAAGCCUUGGUUGGAGUUUUUCAGAAAAAGUACUCGUAACUCAAGAAACUCAAGUUAUUUUGAUUCCUAUCGGGUGUCGUGUAUUAUAUCCCUCGGAUGAUGAUCCUUGUGAGUUGAUCGAACCUCCAGAAGCGCUGAAACGUUGUAAAAAGUUGAUGACUUGGAGAUUAUGUCAGCAAGUUUGGUUGCCCAAGAAUAUACAACGCGCUCCAGGUUUUUAUGUUUUUCGGGGCUAUGCAAAGUGUGGAAGGAAGACUUUUCUGAAGACACUAGCAAAGGAGUUGAAAGUGCUUUGCAUCGUAUUCCGAGCCACGCAAGUGUACAAUCUAUUGGCCAAAGAUCCUGAUAGAGCUCAAUGGAAUCUUUUUUUUGACAAAUGGAAAAGUUUAGAACCUUGUAUUAUUAUUAUUGAAGAUUGCGAUUGGUUAUGGGAGGACAGCAUGACUAUGAUCAACUCCUUCAUAGAAGGAUUCCAAAGACUGUCCAAGGAAAACAGAAGCAUUGCUAUUGUAGCCAACUGCAGUUCUUCGAAACUUUUACCCAACUCCAUCCUUUCACUUUGUGGAAUGAUCGUUACUUUUCCGAUAGCUUCUCAAACUGCCAGACAUCAAGUGCUUUCCCUUAUGAUGAAUAAUGAUUCGAUAGAUUGGCCAUUACAAGAAAUCCUUGAAGCUUCAUAUGGUCUUACUGUUGGAGAAUUGAAGGAUUCGCUGGCUGCCGUAGUUGACUCUUCGGAUGUCAACUUGAAUUGGCUCAAAACAUUUUGGCAGAGAAAGAGAGAAUGGAGACUAGACAACUUGACUCUUCUUGGUAUUCGAGUUUUGUUUCCCAAUCAACUCAACGAUGAAGCAUCUCUAUCUUGUCAUUUAUAUGGCCUCGACUCGAUUAUAAGACAGUUGGAGAUAUCUCUUUUUCCUCCUAGUCGAUAUUCUUCCAAUAUCUUGGCCAAUAUGCGAGGAAUCCUAUUUUAUGGGCCUCCAGGUACUGGAAAGACUUCAUUAGCAAAAAGAAUUGCCUUUUCAGCACAUGCCACUUUUAUAUCCGUUGAUGUCUCUAAUUUGAUCGAUGCUUAUGUAGGCGAAUCUGAGAGAUUGUUGCGCAUGUUAUUUCAACAAGCCAAGGAAAUGGCUCCCUGUGUUGUGUUUUUUGAUGAAAUUGAUUCUCUAUUCAAUAGAAGACAACGUUCACCGGAUAUGCCUCUUAUGCGAUGGAGGUCAUCUUUCAUUCUAGAAAUGGAUGAUUUCAAACUUGAUGAGCAAGUGUAUAUUGUAGCAGCCACAAAUCGUCCUUGGGAUUUGGAUCAGUCGCUGUUACAAGAAGGUCGUUUAUCAAAGCAUUUUUAUAUACCUCUACCAGAUAGACAAGUGAGGACCCAGAUAUUGAUGCAUCACUUUCGACACAUGUGGCCCAAUGCUUUAUCCGAGGAAACCACUUUAUAUCCAUUUGCUCAUAGUAUUGCGGAGGUGACGGAAAACUUUUCCGGUGCAGAUUUGGAAGGACUCAUUCGUAGUGCUGUUCUUAUGAGUUGUCGAAAACGGAUGCACGAUGUGGAACAUUUGCUAUCGAAAGAAGAUAUAUGGGAAGCAUUGUCUUUUUAUCAAGCUUCCAUCACUUUGGAACAACUCCAACGUUAUGAGUAUUGGCAACAAUCCACACAUUGAAUACCAAAAAGAAGGACAUUCUCCA